AUGCGUGCAGCACAGAUCGUAGAGUAUGAGAAACCAUAUCAGCUAUGUGAGCGAGCUGUACCUCAGUGCGGCUACCACGACCUCCUCAUCGAGGUGUACGCAGCUGGCUUUUGUCACUCUGACCUGCAAGUAUGGAAUGGGCAAUUCCCGGCAGAACUACCAAUGAUUCCUUCGCAUGAGCCUGCUGGCAAAAUCGUACAAGUUGGCGCGAACGUAAAAGGUUCCUGGAAGGUCGGAGAUCGCGUGGGUGUUUUGAACUACAAGAAUGCGUGUGGGCAAUGCGCAGGAUGUCGCCAGCACUCACGGAGAUCCAAACGUCCUGAUCCGCGCUUCUGUCAAAGACGAAUUGUGGCUGGCUUCAGACACGAUGGUGCAUUCGCCGAAUACAUGCUGGCCGACCCGGAAACCACCGUACAUCUCCCUAGCGGAGUUUCCUUCGAACAGGGAGCACCUUUGAUGUGUGCUGGAGCGACAGUAUGGGGCGCAUUGCGAAAACUUAGCCCCCAGGUCCAACCGGGCGAUGCUGUAGCUGUGGUAGGCAUUGGAGGUCUUGGACAGCUUGGAGUACAGUUUUCCAAAGCACUUGGAUACAGGACGAUAGCAAUGGAUAACCGUCACGAAGGUCGCCAGCUUGCGCUCGACUUGCCUGACCAUUUGAGACCCGAUCUGGUUAUGGACUCAACCACCGAAGAUGCCGAACAGAAGAUAUCAGACUUUACUUCCGGUGAAGGCCUCGCAGGCAUCGUAGUGUGUACCGAUUCGAUACAAGCGAACGCCUGGUGCCUCCAACAACUGGGCAAUGGUGGUGUUAUGGUCCCGCUGGGACUACCAAAAGACAAGUGGCAGUUCGACUCGGAAGCCAUGGUGUUUCAUGAGCUUACUAUCAAGGGCAGCUAUGUUGCUAGUGCUGAGGAAGUCGAGUCGAUGCUGAAAGUGGUGGCCAAGCACGGAAUUUCUUCGCAUUUGACCGUUUUAGGCUUCUCGGAAAUCCCCAGCCUCGUCGACAGGUAUCUGCAUGCAUCGAUGAAAGGCCGACUGGUCGUCAAUAUCAAAGAGUAA